AUGACGGUACGUUGCCGAUGGUGCGGUGUGCGCGAAUUCGUGUUCCGCGACGAUCCGGUGAGGCAAUUCGUCGAUUUCGUUACGAGAACGACGAAAUGUUUCAAGCAGAUUAUCUGCAUCGCGCACAACGCCAAGGCGUUCGACGCGCAGUUUAUCCUUCGUUACAUCACGGAAAAACGUGUCGAUUUGGAUCCACGAGUAAUAUUAAACGGGACGAAGAUCGUCGUAUUAACGGCCGGGCGUACGAAAUUUAGUGACAGUAUCAACUAUAUGCCGAUGCGUUUGUCAGCUCUGCCGAAGGCUUUCGGUUUGCGGGGUGGGGUAAAAAAGGGAUAUUUUCCGCAUUUAUUUAACACACUCGCGAAUCAGUCGUACGUCGGUCCGUUACCAGCCGUUGAAUAUUACUCGCCGGAUAGUAUGUCUAGCGAAGAACGCGAAUGUUUUUUGUCGUGGCACGCGGAACAGAUACGCGAAAACGCAGUUUUUGACUUUCAACGCGAGAUAGUUCGUUAUUGUCGUAACGACGUUGAUAUCUUGCGGCGAGCGUGCAUAACUUUUCGCAAGAUAUUUCUCGAGCGUGGAAACGUAUGUCCGUUCGAAGAAUGA